AGGCCAGAGAUAAAUGCUAACAUAACCAUAACAAAGAAAACAUUUAAGCCCGCGGUCUCUUCCCCUAGUAAGUCACGUAGCGCAGGUCAGGAAUGGCUUGGCUUCAAAAUGUGGCUUUUUUUUCCUGCUCCCUCCUUCAGCUGCACUUUUCCCGCGACACACUUCAGUCACAAGAUGAAUGCAGUCAGCUACAGCAUGACAUAGACAAGCUAUAGACAGUUGAGAGAGGAAGAAGUCAGUGGCACCCUCACCUCAGACAAGACAAAGCUAACAAUUGAUAAUGAAAGACACACUUCAGUCACAAGAUGAAUGCAGUCAGCUACAGCAUGACAUAGACAAGCUAUAGACAGUUGAGAGAGGAAGAAGUCAGUGGCACCCUCACCUCAGACAAGACAAAGCUAACAAUUGAUAAUGAAAGCGGUGCCUGAGAAGCGAUGCCUUCACCCACGCAGUUUUCACCACGAUGGAGGAGUGCCCACACUUCCAGGACCUUACUGUUAAGAGGUUCCUGAAGACCCUACUUGAGCACAACCGCCGAGACAUUCUCUCCAAGCUGGAGAAGUUUGUGCGCCUGAGUGAGUCGCUUCAGUGUCUUGGCGAACAUAACAACAUGAGAACAUGAGGGGAGCUGCAAGGAGCCAUCAGGCCUGCACAUGGCACUUCCUCAAUUGAAUGUGUCUACCUAUUUCUACUUAUCCCUAUCCCUAGAUUUGUGUAUCUUCUUUUAAAAUCUCCCUAGUGACUCAGCACUAACAACCUGAUUACUGAGUCUGUUCUUUUCAUCCACCACUCUUUGAGAAUUAGUUCCUUGCACUCUGCUGCUUUGACUGGCCACUACUGCAUGAGCCUGUCUUGACUCCCUGACAUCUCAGUCACUUGAUUCAAAUGUCUGAUUAAUUAGUUAUAAUAAAUCAAUUGGAAGUUUGUUUGAUAAGACUGUGGGCCUGUGUAGCCAUGGAAGAUAUUGACUAUUGAAAUCUUGAGAACACUGUGUUGAAAUCUGUCACAUUAUUCACAGAGCCAGGGAGUGAUGCUGCUAAGACCUUCACUGUCUAUCCAGAGGGAUCCGCAGGUGCUGGUGGUGGAAUCUUGCUUGGACAGUGUGCCUGUAACACACAGGCACAUUUCUCCAAAAGGUGACACAUUAUCUUUCAGAAUGGCUUCACUCCUGCAAAACAACUGUGUACUUUUCUCUCACAAAUCCACACACAGCAGGAACAUUUUCCUAAGAGGAUGCUGUUCUUAUGUGUUGCAGUGCUGUGUCUCUCACUUUCAACAAGCUCUAGUGGAAGUUAAGGGGAGUUUCAAUAGUGUUUUUAUGGUUUGAUUGACUGAACAUUGGUGACAUUCCUCAGGUUGACGCUGUGCUGCCGGUACUGUCGCCUCAGCUUCUGCGUCAGAUUCAGAACAGAGACUUCAGCAGAGAGAUUCAGAACAGAGACUUCAGCAGAGAGAGUGAGUGGGAGAAACGCUACAACUGCUUUGCCCACUCGAUGAUGCUAGACCAGCAUGUGGAGUACGGGAGCAAGAAUGGGUUCUGCCGUGCCGUUUGUCCUGCCAGAUUCCCGGAGGAGAGCCAGGGAGUGAUGCUGCUAAGACCUUCACUGUCUAUCCAGAGGGAUCCGCAGGUGCUGGUGGUGGAAUCUUGCUUGGACAGUGUGGAUGGCAAGCAGUCAGGGUUCCAGUCAAAGGUGGUGGUGAUCCAUGCCCAGGACACCAGGGAGGAUGCACUGCAGCUUGCAUCUCAGCUGAGGAAUCCCAUGGAGGGCAACAGAUUGUAUGUGUUGCUUCUGCAAGAGUCUAAGAAGAACACACAAGUUAAGAGCAGCCUGAGGUGUGAUCCAUGGAACAGCAUCCACAAGUGGUUCAUCAAGGUUGAUGCUGUGCUGCCGGUACUGUCGCCUCAGCUUCUGCGUCAGAUUCAGAACAGAGACUUCAGCAGAGAGAGUGAGUGGGAGAAACGCUACAACCGCUUUGCCCACUCGAUGAUGCUAGACCAGCAUGUGGAGUACGGGAGCAAGAAUGGGUUCUGCCGUGCCGUUUGUCCUGCCAGAUUCCCGGAGGAGACCAGCAGCAGCAGCAGCAGCAGCAGCAGCAGCAGCAGCAGCAGCAGCAGCAGCAGCAGCAGCACACAAGAGGUGUUUUCUGUAUGAUGAUGAUAAUGGAAAAACAUGUUAUAAGCAGGGCAACGUAAUGAAAUUCAGUGAAUGGACGUGUGUGCGUGGCUGCAAUCACUAUGAAAUUAAGUUGAAAAUAAGAAAUAUAUUACUUUACAGAAAGGAAUGCUUAGAGUGAAUGAAAUUACUGUAAUGAAUGAAUGGAAAUAAAGUUGUGAGUCAUUAAAUGAUUAGGAAAAGAAGCUGUGAAUAGGUGCAUUAUUGUUAUUACUGAAAGGAAGAAUAUUUGUAGGAUAUGUCAUGUAUAUUAUCAAAGUGUUUUCAUUCUUACUUUCUUCUUUCUCUUUCAUCUUUUCUUAGUAUAUUUAAGUGAAUUUCUCUCUCUCUCUCUCUCUCUCUCUCUCUCUCUCUCUCUCUCUCUCUCUCUCUCUCUCUCUCUCUCUCUCUCUCUCUCUCUCUCUCUCUCUCUCUCUCCAGCCAUCUCUUCUCUCUCCUUCCAUCUUUUUCUUAGUAUAUUUAAGUGAAUUUCUCAGAUCUCUCUCUCUCUCUCUCUCUCUCUCUCUCUCUCUCUCUCUCUCUCUCUCUCUCUCUCUCUCUCUCUCUCUCUCUCUCUCUCUCUCU